UCCAAGACACCUGUGCAGUAGGCUUUAAGUCAAAGCCCAGCAGUGGGGACGGUUGUCCUCAGACCACAGAGGAAGGGAGGAUUAACCGGGUUUUCCCUUCAUGGGACAUUAUUGAGGCAUUUUGGAUUAUUUCUACAGAGACAGGUCGUCUGAGCCUCCGGGGUCCUCUUUGCCACGAUGAGUUGGGGGGCACUCUAUGCCCAGCUGGGCGGCGUCAACAAACACUCCACCAGUCUUGGAAAGAUUUGGCUUUCUGUGCUUUUCAUCUUCCGCAUCACCAUCCUGGUUCUGGCUGCUGAGAGCGUCUGGGGGGACGAGCAGUCAGACUUCACAUGCAACACGCAGCAGCCCGGCUGCAAAAAUGUCUGCUAUGAUCACUUCUUUCCUGUGUCACACAUCCGCUUGUGGUGCCUGCAGCUCAUAUUUGUAUCCACACCUGCUUUGCUGGUGGCCAUGCAUGUGGCCUACAGGAAACGUGGGGAUAAGAGGACCAUGCUGGCCUCCAACGGCACGGACAAGAUGACCGAUACCGACCUGGAGACGCUGAAGAGGAGGCGUCUGCCGAUCACAGGCCCGCUGUGGUGGACCUACACCUGCAGCUUGUUCUUCCGGCUCAUCUUUGAGGGCGGCUUCAUGUACGCGCUGUACUUUGUCUACGACGGCUUCCAGAUGCCCAGGCUAGUGAAGUGCGAGCAGUGGCCCUGCCCCAACAAGGUGGACUGCUUCAUCUCCAGGCCGACAGAGAAGACCGUCUUCACCAUCUUCAUGGUGUCCUCAUCGGCCAUAUGUAUGGUGCUGAAUGUUGCUGAGCUUUGCUAUCUCAUCGUCAAGGCGCUAAUGAGGUGCUCGUCCAGGUCAAACAAGAGGAGACACAAUUACAGCAACACGGACAGCGGGACGAGGGAUAACGCCCUCCUUCAGAACAAGAAGAACGAGAUGCUGCUGUCCUCCUCCACUGAUCCGACCAGCAACAAGACCAUGUGUUGAAGGACAGCCGUCUGUGGUGGAGGGUCUCCAGAGGAGAAGAUGGGCAUGAACUUGUACAUCCAACAACCCCCUAGUGGUCAUAGUUUAUGUCUGAAGUUUGGUAACUAGGCUCUAAACAUGAGCAUCAGCCAGACUUGUCUCACAGGUUCUGAGGCGUAUUUUGAGACGAUGAGAACUUAAAAUUACCACAUAACAGAAACUAGUUUAGCGAGACAGCAGCUCAUAAUUGGACUGACCUAUUUUCUACAUUCAUUUGUAGGGAAAUCACUGUUUGAUAGUGAUGCUACAUACGGCCUCAUAUUGGCCUCUAAGGCAGUCAGAUGUUUUUCCUCGAAGCGAAAAUCUGUAAUAAUCAAAAAUGAUGAAGAUAUACAAAGAACCUAUGUGUUAUUUACAAAUGUUACAAAUGUGGAUCCUCCACAUUACGACGCGUCAUCUUACUUUCCAGUGGAUGGCUGACAGUCAUUUAAAUUUUUUAAUUUAUUGCUCACAGUUUGAAUUUGCUUGAACGUGCCGAGCAUUGCUGGAGUGUCCGACCAGGUUUUAGACCAGAGAAGAAUGAGCCUACGCUGACAUCUAGUGGUUCUCAGUGGAACCUCUUAGAGCACAAACACCUUCCUGGAAUCCUGAAUGAUCUCUUUAGUGUUCAAGAAGAGGAAGGCGAACAUAUGAAGUUAUGUAAAGUGAAGAAGAAAAGGAUCCAAGUGCCUUUUGUUGUUAUUAUUACAUUUUAGUGUCUAGUUUACAAGAGCUGACAUUUGAUUGAUGUUUUGCCGAUGAAAUUUUAUGAUCCUGCUGUAUUGAAUCAAUCUGUAGCAUGAAGUUAAGUUUAAAGAAAUAGUUGAAUGACACUAAUAAUGCUAGUUUUUUAUUUUUUUUAAUUUUUUGUGUUUAUAAUGAUUGAGAAGUGUGUUGCACAGAAUACAAUUAUGCUGGUAUAGAAUUUAUAAAGCAUGGUGAAAUCUCACAGCACAGUAGUUUGACAGAUUUGAUGCUGAUCAAUCAAAUCCGAUGUGCUUCGUGCUUUACUUGAACUUAAUAUAUUUGAAAUUGAAGUUGUCCACAGGAGCUGAAUAACCUCAUCACACUGAGAAUAUUCUUGUUUUCACACACGCAUGUAACAUUUGUUUUUGCCCCCUGACGAUGCUGUUACCCUCCAAACGUGAUCACGUUAUUCAACUUCAGAAACUGGCAACUGCUCUUGAAGGUUCAUCAACAGAUUCCUGCACCCAAUAUUCAAAUAUUGUUUUCAUAGAUACACUGACUCAAAUGAGUCUCCCUCUCAGUUACCGUCUGGCUAACACUCAGACCGUCCAGAAGUUGUCCUGCUCCUGUGUCAUUUGGACUUGUGUUGUUGUUGCGGUGUGUACUGACCCCAGCUGGCUGUAUCAGCUUUCAGCGUGUGCCUUAAUUUAGCCACCACACUAAUCACUGCUCGACCUCUUAACGCGAGGAACUACGGCCGAUGUCAAAGUGAAAAUGUCUUUGUCCUCCCUCCCUCCAGGAAUAGCUGAGUUGGAUUAGUCACAUCUGUGUGGGUAAAACAUAGCCUUGUGUGAACUGAGAAUAGUGGUUUGGUGAUCAGAAAAGAUUGGAGAGGGGUGAGUGACACAAGGUGGACAAUCAAUUAGAUGUGCCAGUUCCCAAAUUACAUAAGGCUGAGUUGUUGAGUGACAUUAACUAACUGGUAAUAACGACAUGAAGUGUAAUGUUGACAUGUGUUCACUGGGUGAGAAAGAUGCCAAGUCACAGACAAAGCAUGACUUUAUUAUGAUUCUAAAAAACGAGUUCUGUUACAGUGACAGUGACAUUCCGAUGCUACAUUUGUGAUAGCAGCCAUGUGUAAUAGACAUUGUUUCUAAAAGGGACGAGCCGGAUCAUUCCAGUCCCAGGACGUUCUUUUUGACAUGUUUCUACUCAGAUUUCUUCCACAAUCAAGGUUUUAUAGUCUGCUUUUAACAGCAACAAUGUACUAAUGAACAGAAGCUUUCUAAGCAAGAAAUUAAGAGAUUACAUGUUUGUGAUUGUGUUUUGUACCUAAGAAGUUUUUAUUACACUCGCACUUUGAUCACAUUUUGCUCUUUGAGACUUUUUUCAUAAAUCAGUAAAAACAAAAUGUUGUGCCUCAU